CCCUCUAAACUUUACACACAACGCGGAUCAGCCCCCUGUGAGCAGCAGCAGCAGCAGCAGCAGAAUGGCUCUCUCUAACAAGUGGUGGAUUUUGUGCGCCGUCUCGCUCUCCUGUGUCGCCAGUUUUGGAUCAUGCAGGACACAUGUGGAAGAUGGAGCACCAGCCGAGCUCCAUAUCUUCAACGAACUGUGCGCCAUGAAGGAUGAGCCGGGGCCCUGCAAGGCCAUCAAGGAAAGGUUCUUCUUUAAUGUUGACACAGGGCACUGCGAGCUGUUUGAAUAUGGAGGCUGUGGAGGAAACGCCAACAAUUUUGAAACCCUGGAAGCUUGUGAGGAGUCGUGUGUUGUCUCAGAUGACAAGAAUCCAUGUCACCUACCCGAAGCUCCUGGUCCCUGUCGAGGGCUGGCGACACGCUACCUCUUUGACACAAAGACUCAGAUGUGCAAAACCUUCUUUUAUGGUGGCUGCUUUGGGAAUGCAAACAACUUCCGCAGCAUGGCGGAAUGUCAGGCAAAGUGCCAGAACCCGGUAAAAACCACCAAGGCCCCAGAAGUCCAAUCACACUCCGCCCGAAGAGCCUUUGAGGUGCAGCCAACCAUAGUAGCUGGGGAGAUGCUUGCAAGUGAACCUCAGGUCCAAUUGAGUGACGCCAAACAAGAGAUACAAGUGGAGAUGCUUGCAAAUGAACCUCAGGUGCAAAUGAAUGGCACAAAACAAGAGAUAAAAGACUUAAAGCCCACAGAUCCAUGCUCCAGGCCUUUGGAGAGAGGAAACUGUGACAGUCCAGAGAAGAGGUUUGGAUACAACCCUGAUACCAGGCGGUGUCACAUGUUUCGCUACAGCGGCUGUGGUGGGAACGAGAACAACUUCAGGAGUCGGAGAGAAUGCAGUGUCAAGUGUGCUCGACGCAGAAAGACUCAUGGGAGGAAGAUGAUCAGGAUAAGGAAGAAGAACCUGGACAUUAUUCAACGCUCAGUCUGAACACUGCAUUAACGUGGAGCCACAUGUAUUUAUGUCCAUACUUUGUUUCUAGCUUUCCUUAAAUCUAUUGUUUGUAAUGCUGUGUGUGUAUAAAAUCAUUUGCGGUGAAGGUGUGUUUGGUUUUUAAGACUAAAUGCAUAUAUCUGUUAUUAGCCAAUUAUAUCAGUAUCUAAAUGACAAAAAACACAAUGUUAGGCUGAUGAAAAAUGUCUCUACAAUGAUGCUCUGUGUUUCCUUGCACUUGUAUAAUAAGCGUCUUUUUGUUCUCUGUUUUGAGCUCAUGAUUUUAUGAACAAACCAAUGUUAUUUCUAUGUGAAGAACACCAAAGUCGCAGUAAAGAUUUUCAUUGAAUAAUGAAAUGAAUGCUCCUCCAGGUUAUUUGUUAUGUACAUACAGUCGCUGAUGAUUUUCUGAUGUAGCUCCACAUUUAUUAAUCAGUGUAAGCCCAGCAUUAGAAGAUUAAAUAGACCAUCUCUACCCCAGGAUCAAUGACAACAAUGUACAGGGUCCUAUCGUAAACACAUUAAUCAGGGUGACCCUGUCCUCACAUCCAUAAAUCAAUGUUUACAAGGCACUGACUGCUUUAUUUCUGUCAGAUUAAACCAAAAGGACUUCUACCCUUUUUAAUCAAUGUUAUGCAGUUUCAUAAAUCACUAUUGCAGUUCUGUUGGUGCUGUUAGUGAGGAGGGACACAAGGAGGCAGUGUUGUGUAAAGUAAGAGUUUGUGGGCACAGUGGUUUGCUUUACUUUCUUGUUGUAUAACUAUGACUGUAAUGUAUUGGACUGUAGAGUUUAUAGAUUAAAGUUCUACAAUAUGAA